CUAUCCGAUGGGGUAACACUGCUCAAUUUUCAAGCAAACCCUACCAAAGAUUUCCUCUCGCUGCCUCGUUAUUGAUUUUCCCGUGUGCGUGUCUUAGUCUUAGCAGGUGUCCCUUACGACUUACGUGUCUUGCGGGCCAGUGGCCCCCCGCGCGCUAUCAAACCCCCUCUUCGACUCCCAGACCACUGCCAUGCGCAAGGGAAACUCUCUGUACGCCGUGAAUGCCAAGGUGGGCGUGGCGACAGAGGACAUCGCCACCAUGGCGUACGCGAUUGUUCGUGCAGUCCGAGACAGUGGGAAAUCGAAAAUGGCGAACGGCUACGAGCCGCUCCAACGUUGCGCCUCAUUGCUAUGAUCCUUGUCGCAGCACGGUUGUCACCGCGCACGGCGAAGAUUCCUUGUU